AUGCAAGAUAAUACAGCUGCUGUAGAAGAAGAAAAACACUCACCUUCGGCCAAAAAAUUGCUGAAUCAUUGGUUAAGAUUCAGUUCAGCCUCAUCUGAUCCCACUUUCUGCAACAGGAACACUUGGAGAGCAAUGAGGGACAUGAGUUCAAGAAUGCAUAAACAUGAAAUGGAUGGGGACAGGGAGAUCCAUUGGUUGACUAGACAUGAGUUCAAGAAUGCAAACAUGAAAUGGAUGGGGACAGGGAGAUCCAUUGGUUGA